AUGGAUGACCUACUCGACUUCGUUCUCGCUCGCAUUUACCUCGUUGGGGCUGUUGUGGUGGCGGCCCUAGCUUAUUCGGACAAGCUGACCUUUUAUUCCCUUCGAGACCCACUAUCCAAAGUUCCUGGGCCUUGGUACACCAAAUGGACUUCAGUCGUGAUCAAGUUUCACUGGCUGAAGGGCAAUCGAGCAAUGAAAAUUGCUAACAUAAAGUUCAUCAUGGCAGGUCCCGUCGUUCGUCUCGGCCCUAAUGAAGUCGCCGUAACCAACAUCGAAGCCGUCAAGAAAAUAUACAACGCCAGAGAGACCUUCCGCAAGACCUCCUGGUAUAAAGACCUAUCUGUCACAAGCGAGAAUGUUUUCAACACCAACCGCACCGAGCUGCACCGCCGCCUACGAAGGCUUCUCUCAGGCUCAAUGUCUGAAACCUCGCUGGCGGCUGUAGCACCCCAGAUCCAAAGGACAGUUGACCUGAUGAUAAAAAGAGUUGGAGAAGAGAUGGAAAGAAGAGGAGCAGCAGAUGUGAUCAAGUGGUUUCUAUUUAUGGCGACAGAUGUCAUUGGAGAGCUUUCAUUUGGAGACUCGUUCCGAACGCUGGAAAUUGGUGAACACAGCGAAUAUACGAAAGACCUGGCAGAACUAGGCUAUCUUGGUGCUGUUCGCUCUGCUUUUCCGACACUUAUCGCGAUGGCAAAGUAUAUGCCCAUUUCUUAUUUCAGACGUCCCCUUCGAGGCACGAAAAACAUGAUUCGUUACGCGGACGAAUCGAUUGCGCGCUACAGGAACCUGUUGGACUCUGACCCAACCAGUGUUAAAUGGACGCUCUUCACCAAAGUUUUCAAAGACCAAGGCAAAGAAGAAGGUCUCAGCCCAGUGGAACUCAGAGGCAACGCGUCGGCAUACAUUGUUGCCGGCAGUGAUUCCACCGCAGUCACCCUCACUUACCUAGUCUGGUCCGUCUGUCGCGAUCCGAAAGUCAAGGCCGCCCUUCUGGCGGAGCUCCAAACACUCCCAGACGACUUUACCAUCGCAAAUCUUCGCGGCAUGAGCUACUUGAACGCAGUAAUCGACGAGACCAUGCGCCUGUACUCCGGCAUCCAGUCCGCGCUGCCUCGUUGGGUGCCCGAGAGCGGUGACAACAUCGCCGGAUACUGGCUUCCCGGCGGCACAACCGUUUGUGCUCAGGCGUACAGCAUGCAUCGCAAUCCCGAAGUGUUUCCCAAACCCAAUGUCUUUGACCCUUCGCGAUGGGAGAUGCCAACAAAAGAUAUGAAAGAUUCCUUCAUGCCCUUCGGAAGCGGAGCACGAAUUUGCAUUGGACUUCAUCUGGCACGGAUGGAGCUGCGCUAUGGAGCUGCUCGCUUUUUCUUGACGUUUCCGGAAGCCAAGGUGUCAGCGCUGGAGGGAAUGAAUGAUGGAGAUAUGGUGCCGAAAGUGUUUUUCUUUACUGAGCCAAAGGCCAAGCGAUGUUUGAUCCAGAGGCAAUGA